AUGAGAGCAAGAACUGACCCCUACAAGGUCGACAAUGCUUCCAACUACACCUUGGGUGACUGGACAACAGAUAUACAGCUCGCCCAACAGGCUCACAUUGAUGCAUUUGCCCUCAAUGUGGCUUAUAGGGAUAACCUGGACUCCAUCCUACCCUUGGCCUUUCAAGCAGCUGCCAACCGGGGCUUCAAGCUCUUCUUCUCCUUCGAUUACGCUGGUCAUGGGGCAUGGCCCAAGGACAGUGUCGGUACAAUGCUCACAAAGUACAGAACACUCCCAGCAUACUUCAUAUAUAAGGGCAAGUACUUUGUCUCCACGUUCGAGGGCCCGGACUCCGCCGACGACUGGAUCGAUCUGAAAUCCCAGUACAAUGUCUUUUUCAUGCCUGACUGGUCUUCACUGGGAGCCAAAGAGGCCUUACUGAGGGGAGGCGGUGUUGCCGAUGGCCUGUUCAAUUGGGCUGCUUGGCCCUGGGGUCCCCAGGACAUGGACACAUAUACCGAUGCCUCAUACCUUCAGUAUUUAAACGGGAAGCCAUACAUGAUGCCUGUAUCACCGUGGUUCUUCACCAAUCUUCCUGGUUACAACAAGAACUGGCUAUGGAGAGGAGACAGUCUAUGGUAUGAUCGCUGGGUACAGGCGGCGUUCAACAAGACGACCCCCGGCAUCAUCGAUAGCACAGAAUUCGUCGAGAUAAUCUCUUGGAAUGAUUAUGGCGAGUCACACUACAUCGGUCCCCUUUACGACAAGGCGAUGGAGGCUUUCACCAUUGGCCAAGCUCCUAGCAACUUCGCGAAGGACAUGCCGCAUGACGGGUGGCGAAUGUUCCUGCCUUAUGUUAUUGACCUUUUCAAGACCGGGACUGCCACCAUUACCCAGGAAGGUCUGACGGCUUGGUACCGCUUAUCGCCGGGUGCAGCCUGUGUUUCCACCGGCACCUCGGGCAAUACUGCCAGCCAGCUUCAGAUCGAGUUCUCGCCCGCUGAGAUUGUCCAGGACAGGAUUUUCUUCUCUGCCCUGCUCACCUCCGAAGCCUCGAUCUCGGUCACUGUGGGUGGCGUACCUCAAUCGGGAGGUGGUUGGACGUGGAAACCUGACGAUAGGGUUGGCGUCUAUUACGGCAGCGUUCCGUUCAGCGGCACUGGCAAUGUCGUUGUUACACUGGUCCGGAAUGGAGCUCAGAUUGCCCAAAUCAAUGGACGGGCAAUCGGGGGCGGAUGCCUUGCCAGUCUCUACAAUGCUUGGGUCGGCUCUGCUCCUGUGGCUGGUAGCGUGUCUAGGAGCCCGACACUCCCCCUCUCACAGCAGACAUGCGUCAGCGGCAUAGGCGUGAAUAACUUUGGUGGGCUCUGCGGUUAUGCCUGUCAGUUUGGCUACUGUCCUAUCUCGGCCUGUAAUGCCGGCAGAUGGGCAAACCCAUCACAGCACCCAAGGAAACAGGUAUCCAGGGAUACCCAAUUACUGGAGAGGAUGCAAGUUACUCUGGCCUCUGCUCAUGGGUCUGCAAUCAUGGUUAUUGCCCUUCCUCCGGAAGAGAGAUGGCUGUCUGCCUCUGCGUUGGCCAUUUUCCUGGAUUUUCGAUUUCUAUCGGAACUUGAGUGA